UUAACAACAAUCAGAAAAGGCAUACACAGAUCACAGUAUCUACCACUUUAAAAAAUUUAACACAUAAUUCUCAUCGAAAUCCAAUUAUUCAUCACUCAUCACUCUUCAAUCUUCAAAACCCCAUCAAUCGUAAGUUUCCCUCUUCCCCACUCUCAAUUUCAAAUAAUAUUUUGUUUCCACAAUCACAUACAUAACCUUCAAUUCAUAUCAGUGUUAUUGCUUUAUACUAGUAAACUGAAUCUAGGGCUUGUUAUUAAUUUCUGAUGAUAUGGGUUCAUUGGGUGAAGAUGAUCUUAUUAUGAAUAUCACUAAUUUGAUCUCUAUGAAGAACUCAUUGAAACUUAAUUUAGAAAAAUCCAAAACCCUAGGGUUAGCAUUACAACAAUCUGAGCCUAGGUUAGAACAGAUUAAUCAACGGUUACCGCGUUUAGAAUCCGCUGUUCGUCCGAUUGGUGCUCAACCUGACGCGCUUGACACGGUUAGUGGUCAUAUAAACAAAGCUGUUGUCCCAGCUGCUGCUGUCUUGAAGGUGUUCGACGCAAUUCACGGGUUAGAGAAAUCGUUAUCGGAUCCAAAAUCUGAUCUGUCGGGUUACCUGAAAGUGUUGGGAAACUUGCGGGGUGCGGUUAAGUUUCUGUCGGAUAACUGUGGGAUGGCGGUUGAGUGGUUGGGUGAUAUUGUUGAGUAUUUAGAGGAUUAUAACGUAGCUGAUAAACGAUACAUUUCGAGUUUGAAAAACGCUAUAACGCUUCUUAAAGAUUUGCAGCAUGAAGAGAAGGGUUGUUUUGAUGGCGGGUUGUUAGCGGUUUCGUUAGAUAGAUUAGAGGGUGAGUUUCGUCGGCUUUUGACCGAAAACAGCGUCCCAUUGCCUAUGUCUUCGUCUCCGUUAAAAGACGAACAACCCUGCAUUUCCCCGUCGCCUUUACCAGUCCCGGUGAUUAAAAAGUUGCAGGAUAUUAUCGGGAGCUUGAUCGUUAACAACAGGCUUGAAAGAUGUAAGUCUAUAUACGUUGAUGUGCGUAGCUCGAUUGUUAGAGCGAGUUUACGCGCUUUAAACUUGGAGUAUUUGGAGAUUUCGGUUUCGGAGUUUAACGAUGUGAAUAGCAUCCAAGGUUACAUAACGAAAUGGAGCGAGCAUUUAGAGUUUGCGGUGAAGCAUUUGUUCGAGGCUGAAUAUAAACUUUGUAACGAUGUGUUUGAGAAGUUGGGGUUGGAUGUGUGGCGUGAUUGUUUCGCGAAUAUAGCAGCCCAAGCGGGUAUGCUCGCGUUUCUCCAGUUCGGGAAGACGGUUACCGAGAGUAAGAAGGAUCCGAUAAAGCUAUUGAAGUUACUAGACAUCUUUGCAGCGUUAAAUAGGUUAAGAUUGGAUUUUAACCGUCUUUUCGGUGGGGCCGCGUGCGCUGAAAUCCAAAAUCUCACACGCGAUCUUAUCAAAAGCUUGAUCGAAGGCGCGUCAGAGAUUUUCUGGGAGCUUUUGCUUCAAGUGGAGUUGCAACGACAAUCUCCACCGCCACCUGAUGGUAGCGUUCCGAGACUUGUAAGUUUUAUUACCGAGUACUCUAAUCGGCUUCUCGGAAACGAUUAUAAGCCAAUCUUGAACCAAGUUUUAGCGAUUGAACGAAGCUGGAAACGUGAAAAGUUUCACGAACGUCUCGUUCAUGACGAGCUUCUUAAUCUGAUCCGAGCCGUUGAGUUGAAUCUCGACACAUGGUCUAAAGCGUAUAACGAUGCACACCUUUCGUUCGUUUUCUUGAUGAACAAUCAUUGGCAUCUUUACAAGCAUUUAAAUGCCACAACGAUUGGAGCUUUAUUAGGCGAUCAAUGGCUAAGAGGCCACCAAGAAGAAACGGAAUAUUAUUCGACAAUUUUAUUAAAAGAAAGUUGGGGAAAACUUCCGUCUCACUUAAGUCGGGAAGGCUUGAUUUUGUUCUCCGGGGGGCGUGCCACUGCGCGCGAUCUUGUGAAAAAGCGGCUGAAAGCAUUUAACGAAGCGUUUGAUAACAUUUACCAGAAGAACUCCAAGUGGGUCAUUUUGGAUAAAGAUUUAAGGGAGAAAACAUUGCAGGUUAUUAUUCAAACAAUCGUGCCGGUUUACAGAAGCUAUAUGCAGAACUACGGGCCACUUGUCGAACAAGAUUUAAACGCUGGAAAGUACGUGAAAUUCACCGCUCAAUCUCUGGAAAAAACGAUUAGUUCGCUUUUUCUGCCAAAACCCGUGAGACACGGCAGUUUUAAAGUCAGACAACGCAGUAGAAAGUUCAGCAACGGCGUGGAGGAACAGUUAUCGGCUUCUCCUACACCUACCAUUGCAUCAGCCUGACAUCACCCAUGUCAUCGACCAAGAACGGGUCCUUUGUAUAUAUUGAGGAACGAAGUGAAAAGGUUCUUGAAGUUGCUUGUGAAAUGGGAGUUUUGCGGUUUCUUGGACUAGCAUGCUAACCAGUCAUGGUGGAUCAAUAAUGUCCUUUUGAGGUUGGUAGACAAGUGAAGUCGUAAAUUUCGGUAUCCUUGUUCCUUUGAAUCUAUAGUUAUCAGUUUUGUUUUUUGAGUUAGCAAGCAAGCAAGCAAGAUUGUUAAGUUUUGUGAUGUUCUUAUUAUGUACAAUUGUUUUGGUAUAAAAGUGCAUUUUUGGAGCUCUGGCA